GGAUGAAGUACGAGCUCCAAUUCCACAAAAACAGGAAAUUUUAGUAGAGCCGGAGCCCUUGUUUGGAGCUCCUAAAAGACGCAGACCUGCGCGCUCAAUAUUUGAUGGCUUUCGGGAUUUUCAAACAGAAACGAUUCGGCAGGAGCAGGAGCUGCGGAAUGGAGGGGCAGUGGAUAAGAAGCUCACUACUCUAGCAGACCUCUUCAGGCCUCCCAUUGACCUGAUGCACAAGGGCAGCUUCGAAACGGCCAAGGAGUGUGGUCAGAUGCAGAACAAAUGGCUCAUGAUAAACAUUCAGAAUGUGCAAGAUUUUGCCUGUCAGUGUCUCAACCGUGAUGUCUGGAGCAAUAAGACUGUGAAGAACAUAAUCCGGGAACAUUUCAUUUUUUGGCAGGUAUACCAUGACAGUGAGGAAGGACAGAGGUACAUACAGUUCUAUAAAUUAGCAGACUUCCCUUACGUCUCCAUCCUGGACCCCAGGACAGGCCAGAAACUCGUGGAGUGGCACCAGCUAGACGUGACUUCUUUCUUGGAUCAACUGACUGGGUUCCUGAGUGAGCACGGACAGCUGGAUGGCCAUUCUACUGGCCCUCCCCAAAAAUGCUCUCGUUCAGAGAGUCUCAUUGAUGCCAGCGAGGACAGCCAGUUGGAAGCUGCUAUCAGAGCUUCAUUACAGGAGACACAUUUUGAUUCCUCACAGGCCAAGCAGGAGAGUCAAUCAGACGAAGAGUCCGAGUCGGAGCUUUUUUCUGGAAGUGAAGAGUUUAUUUCGGUUUGUGGAUCUGAGGAGGAGGAGGAAUCGGAGAUUCCUGCCAAGUUGAGGAAGACUGUGUACAAGGACUUUGGGUAUAAAAAAGAGGAGAGCCGGAGGCCUCAGUCUGAGCCCUCUGCAAGGACUGAGCCUGGGACGACAUCGAAUCACCGAGUGCUGCCCUGUGUUGAUGGUGGGAUACUGGAGGAGCCGACUCCCAAGCCUGAAAGUACGUUUCAGGGCGUAGAUGUGAAUG